GCUACAAUGAGCAGCUUCUUAGACUACUCGGUGAUGAACGGUGAAGGUGGCUCGUGCUCUGUCAGGGCUUUCCACUCAGAUCACGGGAUUACAACUUUUCAGUCUUGCGCGGUAACUGUCAACAACUGCGGGACUGAUGACCGCUUCAUGGGGAGCAGGGCUUCCCCUGACGGCAUUCCUCACCAGCCGGGGUCAUACCAGUCUACUGCGAGCUCUCUGGGUCUCGCCUAUGGAGCACAUCCGGCCUGCAGCUCCAGCUAUGGACCCCAAGGUUUCUGUGCUACGUAUAACCAUUACGCGCUCAAUCAGGAAGUAGAUUCCACAGCGGGAUUCCCCCAGUGCAGUCCACUAAUGUACUCGGGUAACAUUUCCUCCUCAAUGGUCUCUCAGCAUCGCCAAGGUUACAGUGCCGCCCCCCUGGGUCAGCUGCAGUAUGCCCACGCUGCCUAUGGCAGCGGGCACGAGCAAGCUGCCCCGUUUCCUGGGUGCUCAAAUCCACUGUCACCACUGCAUGCAGCCCACCUGGAGGCUUGCUGUUCGCCUCUGUCUGAGGGUGCAUCUUCUGCUCAGACCUUCGACUGGAUGAAAGUCAAGAGGAACCCACCAAAAACAGGCCGGUCUGGGGAGUACGGUUACGGGGGUCAGCCGAACACGGUCCGGACCAACUUCACCACCAAGCAGCUGACGGAGCUGGAAAAGGAGUUUCACUUCAACAAGUACCUGACACGUGCGCGCCGCGUUGAAAUCGCAGCAGCUCUGCAGCUGAAUGAGACUCAGGUGAAGAUCUGGUUCCAGAACCGGAGGAUGAAGCAGAAGAAGAGGGAGAAAGAAGGGCUGCUUCCGGCCAAAGCUUCAUCCUCAGACCCGGGACAGAGCAUACAAGAGAAAAUGGACGAUGCAGCAUCAGAUAAAUCUAUUUCAGCUCCAUCUACUCCGUCUCCCACACCCUCCACUGUGUCUGAUCCUUACUCGUCCAACUAA